UCCACAGGAGGCUUUUUGUGGUUGUAUCUGUAUUUCUUUCUAAGUUGGUUCUCCAUUUAAUGGUUUUGAUAAUGGACCUUAUUUGGCUGGCAGUACAACAUGAAACUUCUCAUUGGGUAUUUUCAAGACUGUCACGGGGAAUCAGCUGCCAGUUUACUGCAAUGUGGAAUGCUGCACGAGAUUCUGGGAUCCGACUCAAAAUGCUAAUUUCAAAGGUCGAGUGAAGCUGUGGCUCACGUUUUCCUGUGCCUGCGCUCUCUGCAGGCAGAACAAAGACCCGGCCCGAGGAGGCAGAGGCUGAAACCCAUCUCAAAUCUUUUUCCUCAGAUAAUUGUGGAAUCAUGCCUGAAAUGCCGGAGAACAUGGAACAGGAGGAAGUUAACAUCCCCAACAGGCGGGUUCUCAUUACUGGUGCCACUGGGCUUCUUGGCAGAGCUGUGUACAAAGAAUUUCAGCAGAAUAAUUGGCAUGCCGUUGGCUGUGGUUUUAGAAGAGCAAGACCAAAAUUUGAGCAGGUCAAUCUCUUGGAUUCUAAUGCAGUUCAUCACAUCAUUUAUGAUUUUCAGCCUCAUGUCAUCGUACAUUGUGCAGCAGAGAGAAGGCCAGAUGUUGUAGAAAAUCACCCAGAUGCUGCUUCUCAACUUAACGUGAAUGCUUCUGGGAAUUUAGCAAAGGAAGCAGCUGCAAUUGGAGCAUUUCUAAUCUACAUUAGCUCUGAUUAUGUUUUUGAUGGAACAAACCCACCUUAUAGAGAGGAAGACAUACCAAAUCCCCUAAAUCUAUAUGGCAAAACAAAAUUAGAAGGAGAGAAGGCCGUCCUGGAGAACAAUUUAGGAGCUGCUGUUUUGAGAAUUCCUGUUCUGUAUGGAGAAGUUGAAAGGCUUGAGGAAAGUGCCGUGACUAUUAUGUUUGAUAAAGUGCAGUUCAGCAACAAGUCCGCCAACAUGGACCACUGGCAACAGCGGUUCCCCACGCACGUCAAAGACGUGGCCACCGUGUGCCGUCAGCUAGCAGAGAAGAGGAUGCUGGAUCCAUCAAUUAAGGGAACCUUUCACUGGUCCGGGAACGAGCAGAUGACUAAGUAUGAAAUGGCGUGUGCAAUUGCAGAUGCCUUCAACCUCCCCAGCAGCCACUUAAGACCGAUAACUGACAGCCCUGUCGUAGGAGCACAACGUCCGAGAAAUGCUCAGCUUGAUUGCUCCAAAUUGGAGACCUUGGGCAUUGGCCAGCGAACACCAUUCCGAAUUGGAAUCAAAGAGUCACUCUGGCCUUUCCUCAUUGACAAGAGAUGGAGACAGACGGUCUUUCAUUAGUGUAUGUGUGGUGGUGGGGGUGGUGGUGGUGGUUUUUUAAAACGAGAAGUCAAGAAGUCAUGGCACUUUUUAAAGAAAAAAGGAAAUAGUUUUGUAUGAGUGCUCUUCAAUUGUGAUUCAUGAUCUUUCAGGUAAAUGAUGCUCUUGCACUAGUGAAUUGUCUAGGGAAACUUAAGGGCAAUAAUGCCUUGUUUGAAGUAAUGAUUUUCUCAUUUUGUUCUGCCUCAAUUUGCUGUGUGAAUAUAGUAAAUUAUGAUUUUCAAGUAUUUGAGAGCCAGGAUGAAACACGUCUGCUGUAGACUUUUUUUGGGGGAGGGGGAAGAAAUGCAUUGUUCAUUCCUAUAAAUAAUCUCUACAUUUUCAGGACUUUUACAACUGUUUAUCCUUUUAUGUUUUAAAUUGUGUUAAAUAGGAUACAAAUCAUUGGUGUUCAUGUUUGCUUUGCUUGAGCUCAGAUCAAAAUGUUUGAAGAAAGAAACUUUAUUUUUGCAACCUAAGUGCAGUUUUUAUGCUUGAGAUAUUUCAACAUGUUAUGUAUAUUGGAACUCCUGCAGCUUGAUACCUCCUGCUUUUGUAGCAGUGAACGGUGAAUGUUUGAGAGAGAGAGACUGUGUGUAUGUGUAUGUAUAUGUAUUUUUUAAAUAUAUAUGAAACUGUCCUUUUCACUCCAUGUCACUAAGUGAUAUUUCAUAUGUGCGGUUAUACUAAUAGUAAUGGGCCUUGUAAGUCUUGACCAUUCAUGAAUAAUAAUAAAUACGUACUGCUGGCAUGGUAA